GCUUGGAGCGAGGAUCAGGGCUUAACAAACUGAUCUAUUUUAUUUUUCUAUUCCUCUUUUCUAAAAGCGUUUUCAGAAAAAUGUCCAAGUCUUUGAAGAAGAUCGUGGAGGAGAGUAGGGAUAAGAACCUGGCAGAGGUGGAGAUGUGUGACAGAGGCAUCGCGAACAUGUUGGACGUCCCGGGACUGUUCACCCUUUCCAACAUCACUCAGCUGGUCCUCAGCCACAACAAGCUCACAGCGGUGCCUGCUAACAUCUCUGAGCUGAAGAACCUUGAGGUUCUAAACAUGUUCAAUAACCAGAUUGAGGAGCUGCCAACUCAAAUCAGCAGUCUUCAGAAGCUCAAACACCUCAACCUUGGCAUGAACCGUCUGAGCACCUUGCCCAGAGGAUUUGGUUCAUUGCCAGCUCUUGAAGUAUUGGACCUCACCUACAACAAUCUCAACCACAGCUCCCUUCCUGGAAACUUCUUUUACCUCACCACUCUUCGUGCUCUCUAUCUGAGUGACAAUGACUUUGAGUCCCUGCCUGCUGAUAUCGGGAAGCUGACCAAACUACAAAUAUUGAGUCUGAGGGAUAAUGAUCUGACCUCGCUGCCUAAGGAGAUUGGGGAGUUGGCUCAACUCAAAGAGCUUCACAUCCAGGGCAACAGACUGACUGUCCUGCCCCCUGAGCUUGGUAAUCUGGAUCUGACUGGUCCUAAGCAGGUGUUUAAAGCGGAGAACAAUCCCUGGGUCACUCCAAUUGCAGACCAGUUCCAACUGGGUGUCUCCCAUGUUUUUGAAUAUGUUCGCUCAGAGACCUACAAGUAUCUCUAUGGCAGACACAUGCAGGCCAACCCAGAACCUCCAAAGAAGAGCAAUGAUAAGAGUAAGAAGAUCAGCCGCAAACCACUGGCCGCAAAGAACAAAUGAAGAGAAGACAGAAUGGGGAUGAAUGCUUGCUCAACCAGCUUAACUCACUGCAUGUGCCUUUUUUUAUCUCAUUUUUUAUUAUAAAAAAGCAAUUUGUAUUACAUGGAGAUUUAUUUGAUGUUUCUACAUACUGUACCUUGUGUUAAAUGUCAUUUGGGGUCAUCCAGUCUGAGAUAGAUGUUUUUUUUCUACUCUUCAAGUGUCUUGGUUUUGGACACUUACUUAGAGACAUAAAGGUGCCUCCUGAUAACAUCUGCAUAACUACAAGAUCAGUGUUCAAAUUUAUUACAUUGUAAUAUAAUUUGAAACACUUCAGAUUGUUUUCAUAGAAAAGACAUUUGCAUUAUGGUGGUGGCCCUGGAAGGCAAACAGAUGUACUGUAUAUUGGAAUUUUGAGGACAUCAGUAUUAAGAAAUUGUGUAAGGCAACACUAUUAAACAUCCAUUGUUACGAAAGGCAAACACCAGAUAGAGGUGACCUAUGGAAGGGUGAAGGAGUACUGCUUUUCACUUCUCUUUUGUAGUCUACUUUGCCACUGAGAAUAUUCAGCUGCGUAAUGACAAACCCCUGUGAAACACACAGACACACACACUCCCUUACUCCCGCUCCUCUCUUUCACUCUCACUUAUGUGCUGCGCAUACAAACAUUAAAGAUAGCUGUAGCAUAACUUAGAAAAUAAGUAAGUGGUCUGGUCACACACUAGUUAGAAUAGUAUUAGGUUGUUUCUAGUAAAACCCCAGCCGUGGCCGGUGGAUACUGCAUUAUCAUAAGACAGUAGUGUUUUAUGAUAAUGCAGGAAGUUUUUCCUUACCACUGUUGCCAAGUGCUGCUCAUGGGGGAAUGUUGGGUCUGAGUGCAGUGUAGAACUGCUCUAUGUAAAAAGUGCUCUGAGAUAACUUUGUUAUGAUGUGGCUAUAUAUAAAUAAAAAUUACUUGUCUUCUUCUUCGCUGCCAAACACAUGGAUUCAUUCACACAUCAUUCCAUUGAUCUCUGAGAGCAGACUCACUUCAAUCAUUCUUGUCUUCUGAUGUUUGUCUAACUGUACCUUUAAUUCCACAUUCUCUUCAUUAAGUUAUUUUUACCAGCCUUACAGUGUCCACCUCAUUUCAGCCUUUUGCCAACAUGAAUAGGGCCACUGCCCCUCAAUGGAGCAGUGUUUUGCUUUUAUCAUGGGCCACAAUGUAUUGGCAGUUUGUUGUGUUCUUCUGUUGAAUUGUUAAGGUAAACAUCUGGUACAGUACAAACCAUAAGGAUUGUAGACAUGACUGUGUAUAAUCAUGUUUGCAUAUAUCUUACUGUUACUAUUCUCUAUCAUCAUUUUGAACUGUAGAGUUUGUGUUCCUUUUCUUUUUUCAUUUUGUUUUGCCAGCUGGGUGCAGCACCAACACUACAGAUUCCUGGAAACGGGUUUCUGGGCAUCAGAUGUAAUGCAGAAUGUUUCACAAAGGUUAAAAAUUGCAUUUUGAAAAACAUGUCUGCAGCUAAUUACCAACUCUUAGUCUUAUGAAAACAAACCAAAGGCAGACUGUGGUCUGGACUAAUGCUUGUGUGCUACAACACCAAUGUUAUCUUAAUUCACAGCAGCUUUGAGAUGCUACUUAAGUGUCCAUCCAAACCAACUCUGUCCUCUGUUAUGACAUAUAUAUUCCAGGGUCCUGACAAGCAGCUGCCCUGUCAGGAACACAGACAGC